AUGGAUGGGACUUACGACCUUCGACCACCGCCGCCCGCCGCUCGUGACGGCACCAGCAGCAGCACGCUGCAGAAGGCCAAUACCGCCGUCCUGCUCGACAAUGCCACCAACUAUGAGGGCGCUAUCGAUGCUUACACCGACGCCUGCGGUCUCCUCGCGCAGGUCAUGCAGCGGGCUGGUGCCGACGAGGAGAGACACAAGCUAGACGAUAUCAGGAAUACGUACACUACGCGAAUCAACGAACUCCGGCGCCUGGGUCUGGCGCUGCAGGCUGGCGGAAAGGCCCUGCCGGAGAGACCGCCGAGCGGGGAAUCGCUAUCUCAGAGCCUCCUAUCCACCCACAUCACAGACGGCAAUGCAGACGAUCAGGAUAUCUAUGUCAUUGGCACCGCCACUGCCACCCGGAUACUCGCCAAAUCACCCGCCACAGAAUCGCAGGAUGAACGUUACUUUCCGCCCCGGCAGCAGUCCCUGCAUCCCUCUGGCGAAGACGGCGGCUCUAACGACAUGAACAACACAAAUAGCACGAACAUGGACAUACUUCCUCAUCUGGGUGGCUACGCAAGCACGAACGAACAUUCCUCGAACGUUGCAAACGGGGACCUGCAGAACCUCCAGGAAAAGGGCACAGAGUCAACUUCCUGGCUGGAUACUAUAGACGAGUCAGGCGCCUCAUCGAGCUCGUCCAUACGCUCGGCAAACUCCUCUCUCUAUCUACGCCGGAAACAGGAAGCUCACUACAGCAGAGGCACCGAGGCCGAGUUCGACGCUGCCCUUGAUGAGGCCGUCGAGGCUGCCUACGAUGACGGACUCGAAAUCAUCCCUCGAGAGGACGAACCGGAACAUGAUAUCAUGUCCCAUGUGCGCCGGAAUAUCGAAUUGGCGAAACAAAAGGUACGAGAGGCCGAGCUAGAGGCUGAAGCCGCCAGUGUCUCCGCCAGGGAGCGAGACCGGAGAAGACCCGAGGUUUCCCCUGAUGACCUAGACGUGGGUUCUGGUUCUGACCUUGACCAGACAGGAUACGCAGACCAUGAGGCCGAGGAAGAGGAGCGAAUCCUGGAGGAGAUGAUGGAUGAUUUCGAGUUCGAUCUCUCGUCCAAAUCGGCGCUUCCACGGCAGUCAGGAUCCAGCGGCUAUUCGAACAGAACCUGGGGCAGCUCCGUCGCAUCAAGCCGAACGAACACGGGCACCUUACUUUCCACCCUUACUGAGGAAGACGACUACUCGAUUCCGCCUGGCGGAAUUGCCAAAAAUAUUCUUUCUUAUUCCCAGCCGUUUCAAAAGCUCCCUCCGCCCGUAGGUGCGCCUCCGCCUCCACCGCCUCCACCGCCUCACCCACCGGUCCAACAACACCAACAGCAGCAGCAAUUACCACCGGCUCCCACUCGCGCUACACCAACACCGCCAUCACCUUCGGCAAAGGCAACAACAAGCGCUCCAGACACACCAGAUAUCAUGGCAUCCACCGUCCGGUCGCGAAGGCUGUCGGGCCGUCCAAAGGACCUAAUAAUAGAGACCGGCUCAGCGCCGUCAAGUGCAGACGGGGCUCGUCAAGUACCACCCUCAAUGCUCCUAGCACAUCCCAUCACCCCUCUACCAUCAAAGACCAGCCACGGAAAAUCGUCGAGCGAUUUCAAUCUUGAAGCGCUACAUUCUGCACCAGGCAUAUCCCACAGAGAACCUACAUACUCAGCUCCUGCUCUGAGUAAAUCUUCACAUGCUCCCAGCAGUCCCUUCACCACUUCUUUUGUCCCCGAGCUAGGCAAGACAUUCUCUUUGCCCGCCGUGCCAACACUCAGUUCAGCUGGCCCAUCAAGACACCUAUUUGACAAUAACAUUCAUUCUCCGCUCACGCCAGGAUCGCCCAACCCCAACGCCCCAGAUGCGCCCAUCCCUCUCGAACCUUGCCCCCAGUCAUUCCUCCUCCGUCCGUUCUGGCUGAUGAGAUGCCUAUACGAAACGAUAACCCAUCCCCGUGGUGGAUACCUUACCACUAAACUAUUUAUACCCAGAGACAUAUGGAAAGUGAAAAACGUGCGAAUCAAGGGGCUAGAAGAGAAGAUCUCAAACUGCGAUCUGCUCACCGCAGCACUACUCAAACUAGCAAGUGUCGACAUCAACGAUGCUGAUGCCGUACUAGAGGAAAUGCAAGCGUUUGAAAACAUCCUGGAUCAGGUGCAGGCCGUAUGGUCUAGGAAACUUGGGAAUGAAGUUGGCGUACAAGGCGCCAUGGCGCUUUUCAAGCUAUCAUCAGAUGACACCUCUCCAGCGGUAGAUUCUUCCUCCAAACUUUCUAGCAGCGGAAGCAAAUCAUACCUUUCCUCGUGGCGAAAGCUCCGAUCAAAGAGCUCCGGUGUAUCGAACACAAGCUCAAGCGGCAUAUCGAGAGAUAACGGCGGCAGGGAAAACUUGACAAUGACAUCGCUACCGAUGACUGAGACGGCUGCUUCGGCUUCUCCACGACGAGAUGCCCUUGGACUCAACUGCACCGGGCCAAAUGCAAACUAUAUGAGCGCUCUAGCCAGGCUUUUUGACGCUGCGCAAGUUAUAGACCAAAUUGCCCGCCAAGUUGAAGAUCCAGGUCUAAGACAUACAUCUCAGACUCUAGUUGGCCUCGAGCUUAGCACCCGGCAUGCAUCUGAAUUCUUCGGAUUCUACGCCUGCCGGUUCGCGCUGAAUGAUAUCGGCCUUAUGAUUGAUAAGUUCAUCAAACGAGGCAGUGAAUACGUCAUGGCUUGA